GUCAGUUUUCGUGCCGGCAUGUUAUUUGUUUGCGUAGUCCUUUUGUCGUUUUGUAUGGGUUUGAUAUAAUAUUAAAAGUGCUUCUAAUUUACAUUUUUUAAUUCAUCGCCUAGUCGAAUGUUACAUCAAAAUGAAGCCAUUUGUGGUGAUUCGAAAACUAGCCAAUCAAGACAACAUUCAGUGUCAGAAUGUGGUCAAAGACUUCAUUAUGGCCGGUGCAUGGGAUGCUUUUGUGUCCUGUCUGUUCCGUGAGAUCACUCUCCAGUUAAUAGUUAUUGUAUGGGCCAUCAUGUUCAUCUUUUUUGGAAUUCCACUGUUGAUGUGCUGCAUAGCGAUACCUGUAGUAGUGGGACUUAUUCUAUUUACAACCUAUGGAAGUUACUUCAACAAGGCCAACGAGUUGGCUAUUAGAGGAGGGACUAAGCUCUGCUGGGUAGCAGAAAUUUAUGAGCCGCAUGUCUUGAAUGGUCUAAUCAAGGGGUUGGAAGUGGAACAGUUCUAUGAUGAUAUUCCAGAUGUGGAUAAGAGCGAAGCAAGCAAAAUGAGGCGAAAAAUAAUCGGUACUAUUAGCUGCAAGAGCCAUAUGGUACUGGAAAACUCUGGCUGGAUAUAUCGAUUAGCUGUUUGCCCUAAGUACCCUUUCAGGGAGGUUGCAGAGCAUCUCAUUAAUCGAGUACUAGCAAAUGCUGUUGAUAAUCAACUAUUUACAGUUGAAACCGUGACUUCUGAAUGUGACGAAGACAUUAGAGAAGUGUAUUUAAAACUAGGGUUCACACUGCGUUUAGCCUACCAUAAGCAGAUUAUCGGAAACACAUUGAAAGUUAUGAAAUCUCAGCUAGGAAUUGAUCCCUUCGAAUGGAACCAAAGUCGGGAACAAAUCAAUGUAGAAUUGCAAUAAAUUGAUACCAUAUCGGACAUCUCUCGAAUAAUAAUCGAAUAAUCAAGUGGUGACGACUUUAGUCAUUUUUAGCGGUAAAUAUACUUAUGCUCCACUAGUGCUUUUAAGUCAUUUGAAUCUAUACA